UCUGUUGAUUUGGAAAGGUUACGACUAAAGAUUAUACGUACCAGAUAUCAUGCGUCUGGGGACUGUCUUCAUCCUUUUACUUGUUUUUCAGAAUGCCUUGAUGUUUGGAAUAAAGAAAAGAAGAGUGACCAGAUCCAUCGGUUCAUGGUGGCGAGAAGUGGAAAAAGGAGCGUCAACAUUCCACCAACUAUUGAUUGUAACGCCGACACUAGCUAUGUGGCCGAUUACUUUAAAGAUUACGUGGUGAUUAAAUUGGGAAGACCUGGAUGGAGCGAUGACAAAUGGGGUGUCAAAAUAACACAAGUUGGGGGACCAACAUCCGGUAGCAAAUUUUACGAAGGGAGACACGCACUAACAUACAAGGCUACAGAUACAGAAGGAGCAACUGAUUACUGUGUGAAAUAUGUAACAAUUAAAGUCAUUAAAUGCAAACGGCUUGGGACUCCGUAUCAUGGCAGUAAACGCUGUGACAACGAUGAUAAUAUUUAUGGCACGGACUGUCAUUUCACCUGUGACACUGGCUACAAACUUAAAGGCUACGCAAAGUCUUCUUGUCAGCGCAGCGGCUAUUUUGACCACACCAUGCCAAGCUGCAAUAUCGUCCAUUGCAACAUCCUGUCAACUCCUUCUCAUGGGUCUAAAUACUGUGACAAAAAACAGAACGUUUACCGUACUACGUGUACAUUCAGCUGUGACAAGGGUUUCGAACUCAGUGGCUACAAAACGUCAACGUGUCAGAGUAGCGGAUCAUACAGCCAUUCCACGCCAUCAUGCAAAAGAGUGUUGUGUCCCUAUCUUUCAACACCAGCACACGGUACGGGGUUUAGCUGUACUAACGGGAGGUACUACGGUAGUGUCUGUUCGCUGGAGUGUGAGGCGGGUUACUCGCCAGAGCUGGGAUUGUACACCGUGUGCCAAGACACGAAGCGAUGGAGCUCCACUGACUUUUUAUGCAAACCCAAUCGAUGCAGCAGUCUGAUGACACCACCUUUCGGAACUAAAACGUGCAAUAAAAAACAUAACGAAUACGGUACCGAAUGCAAGUUCAGUUGUAAUGCGGGAUUUUUACUUGACGGCUAUGAAAAGUCGAAAUGUCUGCAUAAUGGGUCUUACACUCACCCCACACCAAAGUGCCACAGAAUUGCGUGUUCUGCACUAGAGCUUCCUGAACACGGGACUGAGUUCAAAUGUACCAACAGUUGGUUGUUUGGCAGCGUGUGCUCCCUCGAAUGUGAGACGGGGUACACAACUGUCGGUGAAUCUCACAUCAUGUGUGACGUCAGCAGAACGUGGACCAAGUCUGACUUUUCUUGUCGAGGUAUUCAGUGCAACAUCUUGUCGACACCGUCUCACGGAAGCAAACGGUGUAACAGCCACCAGAACAUUUACGGUACUGAGUGUACGUUCGUCUGUGAGAAGGGAUUCGAGCUCAGUGGCCACAAUACGUCAAGGUGUCUGAGCAAUGGGUCAUAUAGCGAUCCCACACCAACGUGCAACAGAAUUUCUUGUCCAGAACUAGAAAUCCCUGAAUAUGCCACUCAUUUUAAAUGUACUGACGGAUGGAAAUUCGGCAGCAUAUGUUCCUUGAAUUGUGAGCGUGGCUAUGCAACAGCACAUGGGUUGUAUGGGAUCUGUCAGUACAACAAACGAUGGAGCACCGAGGACUUCGUGUGUAAAGCUAUUCAGUGCAGCAAUCUUGUGACGCCCCCUCACGGAACCAAAUACUGCGACAAACAACAGAACGUUUACGGUACAGAGUGCAUGUUCGGCUGUGACAAGGGAUUCAAACUCGAUGGUUACCACAAGUCUGUAUGCCAGAGUAAUGGAUCGUACAACCACCCCACACCAAAGUGUAACAGAAUUUCGUGUCCAAAUCUGGAACUGCCUGAUCACGGUAUUAACUUCAGGUGCACUAACGAUUGGUACUUCGGCAGCGUGUGCUCGCUGGAAUGUAAACCAGGGUAUACAGCCAUUGAUGGAUCACACAUUAUGUGUCACUUCAGCAAAAUGUGGACCAAGUCUGAUUUUAUUUGUGAAGAUACCGAGAAGCCGAGAUUCACAAACUGUCCGAAUACUACGAUCACGUCAGACAACAUGUCCAUCUCUUGGCCCCCUCUCAAAGUACAGGACAACUCUGGCAGUGCAUCAAUACACCAGACUAUAGGCAAACCAUCUGGAUCGUCCUUCAGCGUGGGAUACCACGUCAUCAAGUAUGACGCACAAGAUCUGGCAGGAAAUAAAGCAUACCCUUGCGUCUUCACAGUUAAAGUGGAAGCAUUGUUCUGUUCUAACCCGAAAGAUACAUUCAAAGAAGACCCACAGUUGAUGUUUAUUGACUGCAAGUCGAGUCAAACAAAGUUUGUCGAAGGCAAAAUCUGUCAGCUUGGAUGCCAGAAAGGAUCUGUGGGUGGAGCCAAAUAUGUAAAGUGUGAAAGAGAUGAGUCUCUUGUGGCAUCUGCAAAGUGGGUGACCAAGAACGCUGGAAAGCCUUUUUGUAUUAGUGAAAUGCCUAAAUCGAUUGGAAUACAUUUUUCACCCCCGAAUUACAGAGGAAAGAAAGUAAACUACAGAAUGAAUAUAAAGAGACUAGAAAAGGGAUGCCCACCACUCCGCAAGCCUAAGAACGGCGAGCUAGUCUGUAACGACCAGACCACCACGUGUAAGCUGAAGUGUAACGUCUGGUUUGACACGUCUGAAAAGUCGGUAGAUACGUACAUCUGCAACGAGCGUCAGAAGACUUGGUUCCCCACGCACGUCAUACAGGACUGCUCGGCUGCCGAAAACAGAUCGGAGUAUCGCCUAUCAUCUGAAUUUUAUUAUAUUGGUAACCAGUUUGACGAAGAGGCGGAGACUAUGAUCAAAAACAGUUUCAACAAAGCAUUGGAAAUGGCCAUGAAUGCUUGCAGUGACGUCGAGUGUAAGGCUGAAAACAUUAUAAUUAAGUAUGUCAAAGAAUCCAAUGGACAAAUUAUACGGCACAAGAGAUCACCUACAGACACAGAUGCCACUGAUGGAAAACAGCAUAUACCAAGACCAUAUAUCACUGCUACUCCAGAGUCGUCUUCUGGGGAUGACUUUAUUCCUAUUUCAGAAUCAUCUGGAGAUGAAUUACCUUUUACUCCAGAGGUUUCUGGGAAAGACUUGACUGCUGCUCCUGUGUCAUCUUCGAACGACUUUAGUCCUGCUCCGAAAUUAUUUCGGAAUUAUUUUACCUCUUCUUCAAAAACUACUUAUUCUCCAGGAUUACCUGGUAAUGACUUGACUACAGUUCCGAAAUCAUCUGAAAAUGUAUCCACUCCUUCUCCACGGUUACCUGGCAAUGACGAAGGCAGAAACAUGAUUAGACAUCGACUUUUGACGCUACACUUCGAUCUCGUCGUAAGUGCCAGCAAAGCAAGUGCAGACGAGGCGAGUGCAAUACUUAGUUCCGUAGUGCAAAGGACGUCGAGACCGCUGUACAGCCCAUUGGAAGAAUUCCCCCUUCAUGAUUUCAAAAUAUUAGACAUAACGGUGCAGUGCCAGACUGGCUUCACCCAUGCCAAGAAGUAUCAUGGAAGAUGUGUUGCCUGUGGUGUAGGAACUUUCCACAAGAAAAAUCAGGACCUGUGUAUGCCUUGUCCCAAAGGCACAUAUCAACCAGCCGAGGGACAGACGUCUUGCUUAGCAUGUCCCCCAGGGACCUCCACUCUCGGCAAUGGUACCAAAAUCAUAGCUAGAUGCAUGGACACUUGUAAGCCUCAUGAAUAUUCAUCAACGGGACUACAGCCAUGUUUCAGAUGUCCAGGUGGGACCAUCCAACCUCGCGAGGGAAGCACGUUCUGUCAUUUAUGUCCUCUUGGGACAAUGAACCACAAGGUCACCAAAGAACCUAUGUGUAUUCCUAGGGAAUACUGUAACCAGAUCCAGGGUGGGUGCGAUCAUAUCUGUGAGACGAUGGAGGGAGGCAGCACGUGCACCUGCAAGAACGAUUACAUACUCCAGGCAGACGGCUUCACGUGCGCCAAGCUGCCGUAUAAAGGAUAAUCCAAAUAGUAUGCAACUAUCACCUGACAAGAGUUCAUCCACAGGUCACAUACUAUAGGAAACGUCACUACUCCACAACAGAAUUUGUUUAGAUUUUUUGCACUAAGACUUUUACGGUGCCGAUUUUCCAUUUAUUUUUAUUAUAUGGCUAUUGCGUAUGCAUGUUUUUUUUUUUUUUAAAUAUAACAGUUAUCGGAGUUCACAAAACUCAGUUGCUUACAUGUAUUUUAGCUUUGGCUUCCAUUGACUGAAAUGAUGACAUAGUGUAUGUUUCCAGAAGAUUCAAUAUGUUAUACUUAACGGAAAAGUCGAAGUAACGUGAAAAAUAAACUUACCGUACACAGGAGUUUGCAAAUAAUUUUCAUGAAAUAUUUUGAUAUAGCAAUAUUAUAAAACAUACUCAAUAAAAAACUAAAUUUAA